CUUUUUUUAAGAAAAAGAAAACAUCAAUAUCAAAAGUUAUUCUCUGUUGCAACCCUUGUCCUGUCUCCAUAUCUUUACUUCCAACUUUCUUAUUUGCACUUCACACAAAGGUGAAAAGAGAAUGUUCAAAGCUUUAAAAAGAAAUAUAUAAAAAGAAAAGAAAAGAAAAGAUCCCAUCAAAUAAGGCACAUCUUCUCCAAAGCUAUAGCAAGCUCAUGGGGACAAGCCGACAGAGCAUCACCUAUCCUUUUAUUCCUCUUUUAAAACCAUUCCAAGAACUACCUUCCACUCUAUUUUGGAUUUUCUUUCCUGCCCUUUUAUACUUAUGAGGUCCUUUGGCCUCUAUCCUCACUUCCACCAACCCGGACUUAGUAGGUUUGCCACACAACCUUGCCUUCUUGGACUUAGUGACUCAGCUGCCGAUUCUACUUUUGCUUUGACAUCAUCCAGAAUCUAUCUAUUUGAGGGCUGUUAUUUGAGUGCCCAUCCUACAAACAUGCCCUAUAUAUAAGGAAUACACAAAUCCAAGGCCUCACCAAAAGAUCACUCCUAUCACUCUCCUUCGCAGACAACCAUCCAUGGGUAGGCAAAACUGUGAUCCCACCAGCAUCCAUUCCUCCAUUGCCCUUCUACAAGAGAGGUUUAGGCAGUUGGAGCGUGCUAAGGAGAUGAGGCAGCAAAGGGAGCUGCUACGGCUGUUCUCUGAAGCAGAGCAAGUCAAACCACCCAAAGCUUUUGAGCAAUCUAGGCCCUUUUUUCACUCUGAAUUGGUCCUUCCACUUGGGCAACCACUCCAAGACAGCCUCUACCUCCAGCCAAACAUGCAGAAUAGGCAUGCUGAACUCCAGAUCAAUGAGACUCCAAAUUCGGUGGAUUUAUGGUCCAAAAACACUGUCAUGCACAUUACAAAUAACUUUGAUGAAUCAGAUGUUGAUACCUCACUUCAUCUCUGAAAAAAAUUUUACAAUGUUAGCAUCUCCCGCAUUCUUGUUCUUUUGUUUUGUUUCUCAAGUCCUUUUCACUGCUUUAAUGGAGCUGUAAAAAUAGAUAGAUAGAUAUAGAGAGGAGAGAGAGAGAGAGAGAGAGAGAGAGAGAAAGAGAGAGAGACAACUACUGUCUACCAGGACUCUCAUUGUCAUCUUCAUGUUCAGCUAUUACAUUGGAAUCAGACAGACCAUGCUCUGGUCUCUUUUGGAAUGAAUCCUCAUCAUAUUCAGUAA